CCUACUUCAUGAUGCCAGUAUGGACAGAAUAGCUUAUGAUGCUUAUCCCCACCCACCACUUCCGAGACAUUGAGCGGAAGCCAGAAUACCUCCAGCCGGAGAAGUGCGCCCCACCUCCCUACCCUGGUCCUGCGGGAACCAUGUGGUUUAUCCGCGACGGCUGCGGCAUCGCCUGUGCCAUUGUCACCUGGUUUCUGGUCCUCUAUGCGGAGUUUGUGGUCCUCUUUGUCAUGCUGAUUCCAUCCCGAGACUACGUGUACAGCAUCAUCAAUGGAAUUCUGUUCAACCUGCUGGCCUUCCUGGCCCUGGCCUCCCACUGCCGGGCCAUGCUGACGGACCCCGGGGCAGUGCCCAAAGGAAAUGCCACUAAAGAAUUCAUCGAGAGUUUACAACUGAAGCCCGGCCAGGUGGUGUACAAGUGUCCCAAAUGCUGCAGCAUCAAGCCCGACCGAGCGCACCACUGCAGUGUGUGUAAGCGGUGCAUUCGGAAGAUGGACCACCACUGUCCCUGGGUCAAUAACUGCGUGGGCGAGAACAACCAGAAGUACUUCGUCCUGUUUACAAUGUACAUAGCUCUCAUCUCCCUGCACGCCCUCAUCAUGGUGGGGUUCCACUUCCUACACUGCUUCGAAGAAGACUGGACAAGGGCCACCCUCAAUUUAUUAGAUCUCUUGCAAGCCCACGGACUGACCAGGGAAGGAACAGCAGAGACCCGAAUCUCUCAGGAGAAAACGCAGCCCCUUACAGGCAGUUCCACAGAGUGCAGCUACUUCUCGCCGCCCACCACAGUGAUCCUCCUCAUCCUGCUGUGCUUCGAGGGGCUGCUCUUCCUCAUUUUCACGUCGGUGAUGUUCGGAACCCAGGUGCACUCCAUCUGCACGGACGAGACGAGCAUUGAGCGCCUCAAACGAAAGCAGCAGCCCAGGGAGCGCCGGGGCAGCUGGAAGGGCGUCAAAGAGACCUUUGGGGGGAACUUCUCCCCGAACUGGUUCAACCCCUUCUCCGGACCCUACCACCCCGUGCUCAGGGACGAGGGCUGGGUGCGGCAGGUGGCGUCGUCAGACAACAUGGAGACAACAACGGAGGAGCAGUCAGAGGAGCAGUCGGAGGAGAGGAAGGACGAGGACUCUGUGGAGGUGACGGACGAGUGAUGCUGCUGUGGGGGGGUUGUCACCUGCCAUCGGGGCUCCUGGGCACAGCGCACCCCUGCCCCCGCUGUGCCCCGCUCCCUGGGCACUGCUGUCCUCACACCCUCCUUCCUUCCCCAUGUGGGGCCAGGUCUGGGGGUCGGGGACCAGGGUAACAGGAGAACAAGAGACUUUCUCUGAGUUCAUCUAAGAGUAUCCAGGGAGGGAUGCCAGGAGCCAUCUCCACAACUGGGCGUCCUUCAGCCUCGCCCGGCAAAGGGGGCUUUGGACGGGGCGGCCCAGGGCAGCAAAGAACUUGCCUUUGGCUUUUCUCGGGAUGUGUGUCUUCUCUUGGGAAGGGGGGCCUGCCAUCUCGGCCACGAGGUUGCAGCAGACAGAGAAGGGCAGCCUCGGGGCCCUGGGGUGGGACACUGACACCAGGAUCCAGCCCCCUGGAGGGGGUCUAAGUUAGGAGAAACGCAUGGCAGCCACAGCCUCCUUCAGGCCAGGCCGGGCCCAGCAUGGGGACACACAUCCGUGUGGGAUGUGCCCGGGAUGGACACGAGCCCAUGACAGCAGCACCCAACUCAGCUUCUGCCCACAGAUAAGAUCCUGCACCCGCCCUGUCCCGCCUGUGGCUGCGAGUGUCCCUUCCCAGGUGGGGAGGGACCGGUGUGGAGCUCCGGGGCCUCUCGACCUCCCAGGGGAACUUACUUUUCCGCUCCCUCCCGGAGGAAGUCUACCCAACAUGCGCACAACUGACUGGAGCUUGGCCUGUGUGCUUUAGCCAUUUCUCCCAAGAUCGUGCCCCUCUCGUCUCUGUGGGGGGUGGGGGGGGUGGCCCGGGGCUGCACGGUGAUGACCCAGGAAGACAGACACCCUCUCCCCCCAACUCUACCAGGAGGCUGGGACCUGGUCGCCCCAUUUGAAGGCUGAAGCCUGAGCAGGGGAACCCAUCUCAGAGGUUGUUGAAGUACCUUCUGGACAGAAGGGCUCAGGUCCCUGUUUGGUACCAGAGUGGGAUCCCCCACUCCCAGCCUAGGCUCUGUUCUGGGGUGCACUGCCCGUGACACCAGCACCUGGAUCGGAGGACCCGCAUUGCCUGCCCAAGCUGGUGUUUGUUGUCCUAACCCAGAGCGCAGCCCUGGGGCUCAGCAAGGAUUGGGGACCAGAGACCCCACCAGGGAGGACGCAGUGCUGCCCGCUGGUGUCCCCGAGGAGGCAGGGCUCGAGGUUAGAGUAAGGGAAGGGGGCUUGCGGGUGUCUGCUGAGCUCCGGCGGGAGGUGUGUGCUAAACCUGGGCCUAAGAUACGACCCCCUCAAUGGGCUUGGCCUGAGAGCAGCGGGACCCAGCAGCCCAGAGCCACCUGUCAGACCGGCCCGCCCUCCUCCCUGGGCCCAUCUCCACACCAGGCCUCACCCACAGCACCCUGCCCACCCCCAGCCUCAUGUCCUCACCAGCAACUCCACCGCCUCUGGUGGCUGCCAGCAGCGGAGCCUCCUGCUGGGCCUCACACGGGAAGCAUUGCAGCUGAUGCCUACGGGGAGGGAGGCAGGGACCUCGGCCUUUCUCUUCAAUAAAAAGCUCCGUGUGACCUCA